AUGGAUACUCUCCAGAAAGAGUCCAUUUCGACCAACGCAACCCUCAACGAAGGGGACAGCGUCAGAAUACAAACCCCGGAUCUCGAAAAACAGACAACAAAUCAACCUACCGAAACAUCAGCACCAACUAGUGAACUAUUCCCAGUGACAGACCUCAGUCGUGGAAUAGUAGGCUGGGACGGACAAGAUGACCCCAAUAAUCCCCAGAACUUCCCCGCCAACAAAAAAUGGGCCUUGCUGUCCCUGAUCAGCGUCAUGACUCUCAUCUCCCCACUCGCCUCAAGCAUGUUCUCACCCGCCAUCUCAUACGUGGCAGCGGAGUUCAAAGUAAUGGAUCAGACAAUCUUGUCUUUCAGUGUCAGCAUCUACAUUCUCGGCUAUGCAUUCGGCCCACUUCUACUCGCCCCUCUGAGCGAAGUCUACGGACGCCGCAUCGUUCUUAGCGGUGCAAACUGGUUCUUCGUCGUCUGGCAAAUCGGCUGCGCACUCGCACCGAACAUCGAAACCCUCAUCAUCUGUCGCCUCUUUGCCGGAAUCGGCGGUUCGGGAUGUCUAACACUCGGCGCCGGUGUGAUCGCUGAUCUGUUCGCGCGCGAGCAGCGCGGCAUGGCAACCUCCGUUUGGGCUAUGGGACCACUAAUUGGACCUGUGGUUGGACCCAUCGCAGGUGGAUUCCUCGGACAGGAGGCUGGCUGGCGCUGGGUGUUUUGGCUUCUGCUCAUUGUCGGAGGUGUUGUCUCAUUCGGUGUUGAGCUUCUGAACAAAGAGACAUUCGCCGAUGUUCUGAUUCGCUGGAAGACUGAGAAACUCGCGAAGGAGACCGGCAGAACGGACUUGCGCAGUGCUUACGACGCCAAUAGCGGGCCUGUCAGCUUGAGAGAGACACUGGUGCUGAGUUUCAAGAGGCCCAUUUUGUUGUUGUUCAAGUCGCCAAUUGUGUUCCUCCUGUGCAUUUAUAUGUCUUUCGUCUACGGCUUGCUCUACCUCUUCUUCACCACCAUCCCGGGCGUCUUCACCAAGACAUACGGCUUCUCCGUUGGCCUUUCAGGACUUGCCUAUCUCGGCAUUGGCUUCGGUUUCAUCGGCGGUCUCGCAAUGAUCGCCUUUACGAACGAUCGCAUGGUCAUGGCAGCCACAGCAAAGAACGGUGGCAAGUUCGAACCCGAGAUGCGUCUCCCGACAAUGAUAAUCUUCGCCUGCAUCCUGCCAAUCAGCUUCUUCUGGUACGGCUGGUCAGCUGACAAGGCCGUGUUCUGGAUCGUGCCUAUCAUUGGCAUGUUCCCCUUCGGAGUCGGCAUGAUGGGUGUGUACAUGCCUAUCCAGACAUAUGUCAUCGAUUGUUAUCCCAAAUAUGCAGCCUCCGCCAAUGCCACUUUGACAGCGACUCGCUCCCUGGUUGGAGCUCUGCUCCCACUUGCUGGACCUAAGAUGUUUGAGGCUUUGGGUCUCGGAUGGGGCAACUCAUUGCUCGGGUUCCUGGCUUUGGCCUUCAUCCCGAUUCCUAUUGUCUUCAUCAAGUACGGAAAGGUGAUUCGUGAGAAGUGGCCGGUUGAUCUUGAUGGUAAGAAGGCUUAA